GUGUCUAACUUUCAUAUGAGAAUACUUUAGUCUUAUGCUCUGAUUUGAAGUUUCUUUUUAUAUCAGUAUCUGUGACGCUUUUCGUGUUUAUGCAUUCUCUAAAAAGUUGAACAACUAUCUUUUUUUAUUAUAUAUUGUGCCAAAAUGCACCUACUACCAUCACUUUCUAUGUUAUAUGGAUUUCCAUUUUGAAACAUUUACUUGAAGUUCUAUUCUUGAGAUAAAUGGGCCUCUGUUGAAAUUGUUGAUUUUGCUAUAGAAAUGGUAUCUUUACGUAUGUGAAAGGACUUAUCAUGGAUCUUGAAACAAGAACUUAUCAGAAUCAUGUAAAGAAAGAAUCUUGGAGGACAGUGUUGACAUUAGCAUAUCAAAGUUUAGGAGUUGUAUAUGGGGAUUUAAGUACCUCUCCACUUUAUGUGUAUAAGAGUACCUUUGCUGAAGACAUUGUGCACACGGAGACAAAUGAAGAAAUCUUUGGUGUUCUUUCGUUUGUAUUUUGGACAUUGACUUUGGUUCCUCUAUUGAAGUAUGUGUUCAUUGUGCUUAAAGCUGAUGAUAAUGGUGAAGGAGGUACAUUUGCUUUAUAUUCACUCCUUUGUAGACAUGCCAAAUUGAAUCCAUUGCCUAGUUUCCAAUUAGCAGAUGAAGAAUUGUCAAAUUACAAGAAGGAUAUUAAUACUCAUUCCCCAACUACUUUUGGGGCAAAAGUUAAAUCAACUCUAGAAAGGUACAGGGUAUUACAAAGAUUUCUGCUUGUAUUGGCUCUUAUUGGAGCUUGUAUGGUAAUAGGCGAUGGUAUUCUUACACCAGCUAUUUCUGUUUUCUCAGCAGUUUCUGGUGUUGAACUUUCUCUGGGAAAAGAACAUCACAAAUAUGUGGAAGUCCCAGUUGCUUGUAUCAUACUGAUAGCCUUGUUUUCCCUUCAACAUUAUGGCACCCACAGGGUUGGAUUUUUGUUUGCACCUGUUGUCGUGACUUGGCUUCUUUGUAUCAGUGCUAUUGGUAUAUAUAAUAUAAUACACUGGAACCCUUAUGUGUAUCGAGCACUGUCUCCUUAUUACAUGUACAAAUUUCUAAAGAAAACUCAAACAAGAGGGUGGAUGUCCUUGGGAGGAAUCCUUUUGUGCAUAACAGGUUCAGAAGCAAUGUUUGCUGAUCUCGGACACUUCUCCCAGUUGUCAAUAAAGAUUGCUUUUACCUCCAUAGUUUAUCCAUCACUUAUUCUUGCGUAUAUGGGGCAAGCUGCUUAUCUAUCGCGACAUCAUGUAAUGGAGAGUGACUAUCAGAUUGGCUUCUAUGUUUCAGUACCUGAAAAAUUAAGAUGGCCGGUUCUGGUGAUUGCUGUACUGGCUGCAGUAGUGGGGAGCCAAGCCAUCAUCACUGGAACCUUUUCAAUUAUUAAACAAUGCUCUGCGCUGGGAUGCUUCCCUAGAGUCAAAAUACUGCAUACGUCGUCAACAAUACAUGGUCAGAUUUACAUCCCAGAGAUUAACUGGACCUUAAUGCUACUAUGUUUGGCUGUUACUAUUGGUUUCAGAGACACCAGAAGGAUGGGAAACGCUGCAGGUUUAGCUAUCAUAACUGUCAUGCUGGUCACCACUUGCUUGAUGUCAUUGGUAAUUGUUUUGUGCUGGCACCAGAGUGUUUCCCUCGCAAUUUGCUUUGUGAUCUUCUUUGGGACAAUUGAGGCUUUAUAUUUCUCUGCUUCUUUGAUUAAAUUUUUGGAAGGAGCAUGGGUGCCUAUUGCCAUGGCUUUUAUUUUCAUGAUAGUAAUGUGCAUUUGGCACUAUGGCUCACUGAAAAAGUAUGAGUUUGAUGUUCAAAAUAAGGUCUCGGUUGACUGGCUACUGAGUUUAGGUCCUAGCCUAGGCAUUGUAAGAGUCCGUGGCAUUGGCGUCAUACACACUGAGCUUGUAUCCGGAAUCCCAGCAAUAUUCUCACACUUUGUUACCAAUCUUCCAGCGUUCCACCAAGUCUUAGUUUUCGUUUGUGUUAAAUUUGUCCAGACUCCUCAUGUUAGACACGAAGAACGGUUCCUUGUUGGAUACAUUGGCCCAAGAGAGUAUCGCGUCUAUAGGUGCAUCGUCAGAUAUGGUUAUCGUGAUGCUCACAAGGAUGAUUCCCAGUUCCAGGAUGAUCUUGUAUGUAACAUAGCUGAGUUUAUACGGACGGGAAAUACAGGGUUGAACAGUAAUGCUGCAGAUUUAAAGAGUUUUGAGGACAUGACUGUUGUUGGAACUGCUUCAACUCACAUAUCUGGAGUUCAACUUCGUAAGGACGACGAAGUGAAAUCUGACUCAGUUGGAACGUCGGAACUUAGAGAAAUACAUCCUUCACAGAUAACCAAGGCUAAGAAAAGUGUGAAGUUUGUCAUAUCAGAAACUACAAGGACCGGCAGAGGCGCGCGCGAGGAGUUGAGAGAACUGAUGGAAGCUAGAGAAGCAGGCAUAGCUUACAUAUUGGGGCAUUACUAUGUCCAAGCCAAAGAAGGAUCUAGCUUAUUCAGGAAAAUAGUUAUAAAUUAUGGGUAUGAGUUUCUGAGAAGGAAUAGCAGACGACUCACCUAUGCGUUAACUGUACCUCAUGCUUCUACUUUAGAGGUAGGAAUGGUCUACCAUAUAUGAUUUUGGCGUAUAGAGGAUAAAGAAAUAAUGAAAUAUGUACAUACGUUUGUAGUUUUCUGUAAGGAUACGAGGGAAGUGUUAACAUUAUUAUGAUUGAGGAUGAGUAAUGUGUACCAUAUUGUUAGCCAAUGCUAUUUGCCUAGGUAAGGCUA